CGUCCCACCUCGACAAGGGUGCAGCUGCCUAGCCACAGCGCCGCCACAAUGACGUUGACACUUCUCCCGUGUCUCUGGAUCUCCGACGAACUUGGUUAUCGAUCAUUUCUCGAUCCUAUAACUCGAUUUCACACCCCUUUUGCUUACCUACGGCAGAGUGUUGCCUCCCUUUCGAUUUAUUCUUAUUUCAAGCUCGCAGAGUCACCAUGAAUUCUGGUCCUCCUCCUGACUAUUAUGCCAUCCUCGAGGUGUCCGACUCGGCGACGACGCAACAGAUCCGAGAUGCUUACAAGCGUGCCGCCCUAAAGACACACCCGGAUCGCGUUACCGCCGAAUCCCCAGAGCGAAGCGAACGAACCCGCAAGUUCCAGCUUGUCAACGACGCCUAUUACACCCUCUCGGACACCACCCGCCGUCGCGAGUAUGACGCACAGCGAAGGCUGUUCAACACAAGCACGCCGGCGGACCCCUUCGACUCUGACGCUGAAACCGAGGUACCGCCCGAGGAGGGGCAGAACCCCUACUCAUGGGCGUGGAACUUCUUCAGCAAGAACGCUGGCGGGGCUCCACAGCCAGAGCGCGAGCAGACGGAAAACGCACAGUUCAGUGACGUCUUCGAGGAGAUGAUGCGUGAGGAGGGCCUGGCAGAGGGGGACGGCAACCGCCCGACGGGCAAGUUCUGGGGUAUGCUCGGCGGCGUGAGCGGAGGAGCGCUUGGAUUUAUUGUCGCCAACGUGCCGGGCAUGGUUGCUGGCGCUGUGGCGGGAAACAGACUCGGAGCUGUUCGGGAUGCCAAGGGGAAGAGUGUGUACGCCGUGUUCCAGGAACUCCCUCAGGAUGCCAGAGCCAGAUUGCUCAGUCAGCUGGCGGCGAAGGUCUUCAGCCAUGCUGUUGGGGUUUGAAGUAAUAUUUUAGUUACGAAGCACAUGGGAUGGCAGGAUACCUAGGAGUCUUGGAGUUGAGUGAUCACAGAGGAUCUGGCCAUUGCAGCGCUAUUGCGAUGACAAGAAUUCAGCUAGAAAUUUACAAUGCAUUACUUCCUACUAUACACAAGGAAGACUCACAU